GUCGUCUUGGCUAAACUUUUUUUAUGGACCUGACUUCGAUCGACCUGCAUCCAGAUUCUUCACCUCUUCCCUUUUCCACUUCGCCCGUUUCUUCUGAGGACUGCCUGGAAAUUUGGGAAGCGUGCAUUUCUACUCCUACGGUAUCUUUUUCAAAGCAGUUACCGUAGCAUCUGCUUCAUUCUUGGUCCAAUACUUAUCCAUCUCCCAAAAGCAUCUCGAUCUUCAUUCACCAUGUCUGCGCUUCUGCCUGUGGCCGUCUACGGCCUGGAAGUUCCCCCGGGGGAGAUCAUAGUCCCCGCUGAAAUUGAGUUCCCCGCGACGAUCCGCAUCACCAUGGCCGCUCUGGACCCCACCGCUGAGCCCGAGACCGAUGGACAAGGGAAUGUCCCUUCAAUUCCUCGGUCGACCUUGAAGAUCAUCAAGGCGACUGGUGACUCUGGUGAUGACGACGAGGAUUAUCUCGAGUCGCUUCUCGGCGGCGGUGAUGAUGAUGAGGAGGAGGAGUCCGAUGAAGAUGACGAGGAGGUCAACGGCGGUCCCAGCGAUCCCUCAAAGUCCAAGAAGGCUCGCCGUGAGGCUGCUAUCAAGAAGCUGCUCGAGGCAACCAAGGAGGAGUCGGAUGAUGAAAUGAAGGAUGCCGACGCGAAACCAAACGGCGCUAAGAGCAACAAGGGCAAGGGCAAGGCUAGCGACGAGGAUGACGAAGAGAGUGACGAGGAGGGUGAUGCUUUGGACUAUACCACGGAGGACUACGUUGUGUGCACCCUUGACACUGAGCGCAAUUAUCAGCAACCCCUCGACAUCACGAUUGGCGAGGGAGAAAAGGUGUUUUUCAGCGUUAAGGGAACACAUACGGUCUAUCUCACUGGCAAUUAUGUCCUACCCGAUGGCGAGGACGAGUCCGACGAGGACGAGGAGGAUGAUGAUGACGAAUACGAUCUCCAUCCCGGGAUUGAUGACAUGGCCGAUGAGGAUUCUGACGAGAUGAGCGACGAGUUGGAUGAGAUUGACGGCGUGACUCGGAUUAAGGAGAUCGAUACCGAUGAGGAGGAGGAGGAGGCUCCCAAGCUGGUCGACACCAAGAAAGGAAAGAACAAGCGGCCCGCCGAGGACGAAGCUGAGGGCCUCGACGAAAUGAUGUCGAAAGACGAGAAGAAGCUCAGUAAGAAGCAGCAAAAGAAGCUGAAGAACAAUCAGGGUGAGGCCGUCGCAACCGAAGCGAAGGGCAAGGACUCACCUGCAACCGCCAAGGGCGAUAAGAAGGUCCAAUUCGCUAAGAAUUUGGAGCAGGGCCCAACUGGCCCCGCCAAAGACAAGGCCGACAAGGAUGAGAAGUCGGACAAAAAGGCCACCCUCGGCGUCAAGGUGGUCCAGGGCGUUACCAUUGACGACCGCAAGAUUGGCACCGGCCGCACUGUCAAGUCCGGUGACAAAGUUGGCAUGCGCUACAUUGGCAAACUUCAAAACGGCAAGGUGUUUGAUUCCAACAAGAAGGGCACGCCGUUCACCUUCAAGGUCGGCAAGGGCGAGGUUAUUAAGGGCUGGGAUAUCGGCAUUGUGGGCAUGUCGGUUGGCGGAGAGCGCCGGUUGACCAUCCCGGCACACCUUGCCUACGGAAGCCGUUCCAUGCCCGGGAUCCCGGCGAACAGCACACUGAUCUUCGACGUCAAGUUGCUUGAGAUCAAGUAAACGUGUUAUGCGCCGCGGAGCACUUGUCACUUUUCAUGGGCUAGGUUGGGUCUGCCAGAUCCCUGCUAAGCGCGGCGUCGGUCUCCAAAGAGGGAUAUAUGUACUCUUUCACUGUUUGUAUCUUCCCAUUCCCUCCCUGAACUGGCCCCAGGUAUUCCAGGGGGGUACUUAAUUUCCUCAGAUAUGGCUCUGGAUUUCGGUUGCUUCUGCAGCGAGCUAUUAUGGAAGCACCAUGGAGACCUCUGACCUGCAGGCGGUCUGCGAAGAGCUCCGUCGUCUGGGGGGAGCGGACGUUGUCAAACGGGAUGACGAGGUUUGCAUCGCAUAUGGGUUGGUGAACAAAAAAAUCUCCUGGCCGGUUUUCAUCUUCUCUUUUACCAUGUCUGUUUCUGUACUCUCUCCAUAGGCGCAAUGAUAUAUUUGCAGUUUCCAUC